AUGAGCUUAUGUGCCACUACAUGCGUUGAAGUUCCUUGUUUCAAACAAUCCACACCUCUCCAACGCCCUUUUACCCCCAGUUAUACUUCUAGCCAUGUAGGUUCUCCUCCAACCACUCCUUCUGUCUCUCCUGGAGGAUCAGUGGCGGGCACAGUCUCAGAAUCAGAUGACGAUUCCUUCCCUUUGACACCUGAUUCUAAGCGCUCAGGCGACACACGCCAUGUCGCCGAUAUCUCAGGCAAAGCUGGACCAUUGACUUUAAGUCGGUAUCAUAAGCACCACCACACUGACAGCUAUAAUUAUUCCUUCCAUCCGUAUUGCCGAACACCAUCUUUUCAAGACCGGCGUGCCUUUGAAUGUAUGUUGGGCAGCUCUGACUGUGACAAUUUAUUGGAAGAUAUGAAGGGCAAGACCGAUGAUUGGCUUUUGAGGCAUAUGGAUGCGCUUGGACCCCAAUCUUUCUGCCUUGUUGUUCACUACAAGGAGGCCGUCUCCCAGGAAGACUUUGUCAGAGUAGAGCGAGAAACCUCGGUCUUAAUGAGAAGACUUCUGGAGAAGCAUCCACCGUCUACUGAAAUAGAUGCCCAAUCUCUCGCUACGCUCACUGACCACAACAAGAAACAUCUCUGCAGGACUGAUGCUCAGCUUGACCUUUUGAAAGAUCGUAUCAUGCAGAGGCAGAUGGCAAGCUCGCAUCAUGAUGAUCCAGAUGCUGCCUCAUGA